AUGACGACCACGAAACAUCAUCUCCAUAUUUGAAGCUUCAGUCAUCUCAAUUUCUCCACCAAGGAUCGGAUGAUGGAUUCGAUGAUCGCCUGUUUCGUUCUAGCUCUGCAUUGACAGAUCAUUAUCUGGGUUAUCCCAUUUCAAUACUUUAUCUGGGGAUGUGGGCUUUCAUGCCUUUAGAAGUGGAGAACCUCAAGAAGGGGUACCAGCAGGUAUAUAUCCUGAUCUCGCCGGUCAAGAGUAUUGCUUUACACAAUUUCACAUUGUUUUCCCAUCGCUGGUCGCUGUAUUUCUUGUAUUUUCUGUACCCACUCUUUUCAAGAUGCGCUCUACCGUCGUUCUUCCUUUCUUGCUCCCAGCAGCAUAUGCCCAGCUCAAUGAUAUGGCUGUAGCUGCAGGACUCAAAUACUUUGGAUCAGCCACAGACAACUCUGAACUCACGGACAGUGCAUAUGUUUCCCUUCUUUCGAAUACAAGCGAUUUCGCCCAAAUCACUCCUGGAAAUGGACAAAAGUGGGACUCAACUGAGAAGUCCCAAGGAGUCUUCACAUUUACCAAAGGCGACGAGAUUACGGCGUUGGCUACAAAGAACUCGCAAUUGGUGAGAUGUCACACUCUUGUCUGGUAUUCCCAACUACCAUCGUGGGUUUCUGGCGGAACAUGGACAAACGAGACGCUCCAAGCAGUCAUGAAGAACCACAUUACGGAGGAGAUGACACAUUACAAGGGACAAUGCUAUGCAUGGGAUGUUGUGAACGAGGCAUUCGACGACACUUCUGCAGCCGCUUUCCGGAGCAGUGUGUUCUACAAAGCUAUGGGCGAGGACUACAUCCGAAUAGCCUUCGACACCGCAAGAGCCGCAGAUCCAGAUGUCAAGCUCUACUACAACGAUUACAAUAUCGAGUAUACAGGUGCGAAAGCUACCAAUGCGCUGGCUAUGGUCACAAAGCUGGUGAACGGUGGUACACCAAUUGAUGGAGUUGGAGUUCAGGGCCAUUACAUUGUUGGAAAGAUGCCAUCUGGGUCUGAUAUCAGCAAGCACCUCGAGGCGUACACUGCGUUGGGACUCGAAGUUGCCAUUACUGAGCUGGAUAUUCGAAUGAACCUGCCCAGCACUGCUUCCGACCUUGCCCAGCAGAGCACAGAUUAUGCUACUGCCGUUACUGCAUGCUUGGAUGUUGCCAAAUGCGUUGGUAUCACCAUCUGGGAUUUCACGGACAAGUACUCCUGGAUUCCAUCCGUUUUCUCUGGCCAAGGAGCAGCAUGUCUCUUCGACGAGAACCUCGUCAAGAAGCCAGCUUACGACGGUGUUGUAGCCGCUCUAUCAGCGGGUAGAAAGUCAGGCUCAACUUCUUCCGUUGUCAUCGCCACCACUAUCUCCAGUACUCAGGCAGCUUCCCCAACCCCCCUUUCAACUUCAAUCGUCCAAUUGUCAUCCGCGGUCGUCUCAUCCACCAUCGCAAUUCCAACGGCAAGCGGCUUCACCACCUCCUUCGUCCCAGGUCAGACAUCCAGCCAAGCUUCGGACGAGCCACCACCAUCGUCCGAUAUUCCUUCCGUAACUUCAGUGAGCGCUCCGAUUGCUACGUCGGAGCCGGUUGGUGAGGAAGAGGGUUGCGAGUAAAUCCUCAUACUCAUCUCUCGCAUGCUUUGAACAAUUGCAUUCUCCAUCUUUAGAGAAAUUCUUUGUAAAUACAUUACUUCUUCAAAUUAUAUACCAGACAUAAAUUUCCUUCUUGACAGCUCGGCUAUGAAAAUCCUACCCAAUUGCGA